AUGAUGGCCUCCGUGGUCUCCAAUGGCAACAAGGGUCGGGUCGUGAACCUCAAAGGAGUGGACCCUGAGACCUGUAUGAUCGUCUUCAAAAACCACUGGGCUCAGGUGCUGAGGAUCCUAGACAAACACGACCCAGUGCGUAAUGGGGGUUUAGGAUUUGGGGGUGGAGGAGGCAUCCUGCGCUUUGGGCCCAUCCCAGGUGAUGAGGCCAGUGCGGUGCAGAACUAUGUGGAGCACAUGCUCUUCCUCCUCAUGGCAGAGGAGAGUGAGCAUGGUGGUGCUAUGGGCCCUAUACUGGAAUUUGUGGUGGUGGAGAACGUGAUGGAGAAACUGUUCCUCUGGAGCUUACGUCGCGAGUUCACUGAUGACAUGAAGCUGGAGCAACUGCGUAUGUAUGAAAUGCUGGUGAGCCAAGCACGUCAACCUUUACUACACCACAAGCCCAUCCUGAAGCCCCUCAUGAUGCUGCUUUCUGCCUGCUCCAGCUCCGCGCUGGGGCCCUCCUCUGGACUGGGGCCUACUGGCAGCUCCAUGCUGGGGCCCUCAUCUACAGUAGUGGAGAAGGAGCUAGUGCGGUUGCUCCAUCAGCUGUGCUGCAUUCUAGCCAAAGAUGCCUCGGUACUGGAACUCUUCUUCCACAGCAGUCAGGACCAGGGUGCUGCCAAUUUCCUGCUCUUCUCUCUGCUCAUUCCCUUCAUCCACAGGGAGGGACCAGUGGGAUCACAGGCCAGAGAUGCCCUCACACUCAUCAUGGCCCUGUCAGAGCAGAACAGUGUGGUGGCCAAACAUAUCGCUGAGAACACUUACUUCUGUCCUGUGUUGGCCACAGGCCUGAGUGGCCUGUACUCCUGGUUGCCUGCUCGGUUAGAGGUGUACAGUGAGAACUGGCACUGUCUAGAGAAGGCUGACUGGAUACAGGUCCCUGCCCUUGUCCAGUUCCUCAACUCACUGCACUUCUGCAGUACAGUCUGCAAGGUGGCUCAUUCCUCCAUUAGAACCCAACUGCUUGGUUACAUCUAUAAUGGAUUUCUUGUGCCUGUCAUGGCCCCUGCUCUACAUAAGUCAACACUGGAGGAAGUGAUGACAACCACCGCAUAUUUGGAGCUCUUUCUCCGCAGCAUCUCUGACCCCGCCCUCCUUCAGACCUUUCUCAUUUUCAUCCUCCGCCAUCGGCAUGACAACGUACACAUUCUGGACACAUUAGUCAGCAGAGUUAACACACCCUUCCAGUUAGGCACUGUGUCUCUGGCACUAUUCCGCACUCUGAUUGGUCUGUACUGUGAGGACGUCAUGUUGCAGCUUAUCCUUAGGUACCUGAUCCCCUGUACUCACCUGAUGUGUAGCAAGCGUCGCAGAUUGAGAGAGAGAGAUUGUUACUCUUCCACUGCUGCUGCACUCCUCUCUCUCACUCCCUCGUUCUUUUGCGCUAAAUCUUGCCCUUCCCCCACACACGCCAGUCAGCCGGAUUACAUUCUGUGGUCAAAGGUUACAGAGGGACUGCUGCAGAAAAAUCUGGGUUUAGACAACUUCCUCUCGGGUGGGCACACUGUGGGAUACUCCCGGGUUGGAUCAGAUACCCUGAUGGACAGGAACUACCUUCACUACCUCUGUGAUGCUCGUAACAUGAUUAACACCAGCGUACAGGCAUGUCGUGUAUGGUCAGCUCCCUAUGACGGUCUAAACCCCUCCCCUGAGGAGUACCAGGAUGAAGGAGAGGUGCGAGAGAGAGAGGAAGAGAAAGAAGAUGAAGAAAGUCUCCCUCUCUCCUGUCCAUCAACACAGCCCCCCACACCUUGCCCGCCUUCAGAAACUAGUUCAAGCAGCGACCGUGAAAGAGUUGGCACGCAGCUAGAGCUGGAGUGGGAUGACACUUUUGAUGCUACCCCCGAGGGGGAGGGGCCUCAGGUGAGUGACAGCGCAGCCCUACCAACCCCUGUGACCGAGGAGCCCCCAAAGCACAUUCAGGAGAUGCGCAAGAAUGCCAUUAUGUUGGUCAAGGGCUCAUACAUUGAGGAGUCGGAUUUCCAGGACGACGUGUUGGUGUACAGCCUCAUUGCACAAAAAGACACACGCGACGACUGCACAAAGAAUUCUCACCUCAGUCACAGCGGCACACAGAACCACACACACAAUCACACACACAACACCACAGUCAACCACAUAAAUGGCAUCACAAACAUUCACACUCACAGCUCAGCCCAAAAUCAUGCACACAAACCCGCAUCUGAAUGUCCAGGAGAACAUGCAAAUGAGACCAAUCACAAUUCAAAACGGAAAAUUCUGGUCCCAAAUGAGCCCUACAGUAAUGGACUUGACUCUGAAGCGCAGAUGAAUGGCGCAGUGGUUCAUUUGGAUCAGAACUGUAACCUGAAAGAGCUGAGCUCAGAUCAGCAGGAUGAACAGUUCAUUAAAGACCUACAGCCUGAGGCUGAUUUUAUCACUCAGUGUGUGGAGCUGAUUCGUUCUCUGGGAGGAGAGGAGGAGAGCGUCGUGGCAGAUGAAGUCCAUUUCCACAGGAUAAAGUGCCUCCUGACCAGGGAGGAGGAGGAGGAAGUGGAUUUCUGCUCAUAUUGCACAUACACUCCUGAUGUGGAGACCUGUCCAGAACCAGAGCUGGACGAUGUGAAGAAUAAGAAAAACCACAUCCCAUUCACAGGCCCGUUUAUCAGCGUGCUGUUGUCUCGUUUGGAGAACAUGCUGGAGAACUCUAUUGAAGUGAACCUGCUGGUCACAGGGAUACUGGCCCAGUUGGCUGCUUACCCUCAACCUCUGCUCCGGACCUUCCUGCUUAGUACGGACUCAGUGUUCCAGCCCAGUGUCCGUUCCCUCUACCAGGUGCUAGUGUCAAUCCGAUCACAGAUCGAGCAGUACACGGCAUCACGGCCUGAGUUCUGUGAGGUGGUCCAGGAGGCUGCCCAGUACCUGCUUGCCCGAGACCAGGCUCUGAAAGACCGAGAAAGAGACCCCCACGCCCGAGAAAACGGGGAAAGCUGGUUUUUAAAUGGUCACAUACCAGGAUGGAUCUUAAAGACGCUUCCGCCCUGCCCCAAAAUCCCUCCGCAGUCUCGGAACAGGGUGUUUGCCACUUUUCUGUUUGCUGAAUUCCUAAAGGAGCUGGCAGCCAUUUCACAGGAGCAUUCUAUAUUACCUGACCUGCCGACGGAGGAGUAA